AUGGCUUCUUUAGUUCCGACUUCUUUUUUCCUUUUAGCUGCAGCUCUAUCUUCCUUAACUUUUGCUUAUGCUGCUAAUAAUAAUAACAACAGUUGCCCUAAUUAUGAAUACAUUUUCCAAGUUGGCGAUUCACUUGCAGAUACUGGAAAUCGAUUCCGUAUAUCUAAUGUAAAAUCCUCUUACCGUGCAGACCAUUUUCCUUAUGGUGAAAAGUUCUUUGGAAAACCCACUGGCAGAUUCUCUGAUGGCCGUCUCGUUAUAGACUAUAUUGCUAUGUCUCUUAAGCUUCCACUUCUCAACCCUUACAUGGUCAAAGAAGCUAAUUUUAGCUAUGGAGUAAACUGCGCAGUAGGAGGAGCUACAGUUCUAAAUGAUCCUUUUUAUGUAGCUAGAAAUAUUACCACGACACAAGACAACAGGCCACUCAGAGCUCAACUUCGUUGGUUGACAACUUACUUAAAAACCACAUGCCACACUAGACAAAAGUGUUCAAAAGUUCUUGGAAAAUCUCUAUUUAUGUUUGGUGAAUUUGGAGGAAAUGAUUAUUACCUAGCACUUUCAGCGGGAAAAUCCAUUGAAGAAGCUAUAACUUUUGUCCCACAUAUAGUCAAGACCAUAGUAAAAGGCAUUAAACAAGUGAUCAGAUACGGGGCAAAACGUAUAGUUGUUCCAGGGAUCUAUCCUCUGGGUUGCUUCCCCUACUACCUUACCAUGUUCUCAAGCUUGGAUUAUGAAGAUUAUGAUGAGUUUGGUUGUUUGAAAGCCUACAAUGAGUUAGUCAUGUAUCACAAUGAUUAUUUGGAGAGGGCUCUAUCUAUACUAAAACUUGAAUAUUCGAACGUUGCGAUUAAAUAUAUAGAUUAUUAUGCUGCUGUGAAAUCAAUUCUGGAACGCCCCAGCUAUUUUGGAUUCAAUAAGAAAUCCAUACUCAAAGCGUGCUGUGGAAUUGGAGGUCAAUAUAAUUAUGACGAUGAUAUUCUUUGUGGAACAUCUGAAGUUCAAGCUUGUUCUGAUUCUGCAAAAUAUUUGCACUGGGAUGGUAUACAUCUUACAGAAAAAGCAUAUUAUUAUGUCGCAGAGCACGUCAUCAAUAGCACCUCAUCUAAAGAAUUUCAAUGUCUGCAGUAGAUUUUGAUCUCUGGACUUUAUUGAAAUUAAAAGGUUGUAGCAUCACCUGGAUAUAGAUUGUAAGUGGUUGUUUUAUAUAUGGUGAGAAGUGCUUUUAUAUACUAUGUACGUAACUGGUUUUUAUUCUUGUUGUAAUCAGUUAAAUU